GGGGAUGCCGUUCAUCAUUGAGUUAGAUAUAAUGGAAAAUUGUGUUGUCGCAUAGAUAGUGUUAAUGAAUGAAAAUGUACGACCAUGGACACUAGCUUGUUAUACAGACAGAUUCCAGUGAGAAGGUAGCCUAAGUACUCAGAGGGGGCGGGGGAUGCGGGCGAUGGACACCCGACAGUCCCUAGUCUCACGUGCUAAGGCGGAGACUAGAUCCCCAACACACAUCGCUGCCGACUCGCGUGCUCACACAGGACGUCCGACACGGAGAAAAACUUUCCUUACUUCAAAUUUUCUACUGGAGUUUUUUUGCGUACGAUGUAAGGGAGAUGGCCGGAACAAGCUCUGACUGGGUGGAAAUCCUGGAGCCCCGCUCUCGAGAGCACAUGUACGUGAACCUGGCCACGGGUGAGUGCGGCUGGGAGCCGCCGACUGGCGCCCCCGUUCGGCAGUCUGACGGCAACCAAUGGUGGGAGCUGUUCGACACGCAGAGCAGCCGCUUCUACUACUAUAACGCCUCCGACCGCCUGACCGUCUGGCACCGGCCGCAGGGUGCCGACAUCGUGCCUCUGUCCCAGCUGCAGGCCAUUAAGCGCUGCAGCGAGGUGCAGAGAGGGGGGCCGGUGGGUGCCCUCACAGCCGCCAACGGAGCGGGCGCCGCCAACGGAGGGGGUACGGGGACCAGGGAGAGACUUCAGGCCCAAGGAGGAGGCACCCUGGGCAGCCAGGGGAGACACACCCCGCUGCCUCCUCCGGAGCCCUACCCGAAAGAGGGAGGUGGAGGAGGAGAGGAGGGAGAGAGGGAGAGCAGGAGGAGCAACGAGGGUACAAGUGAAAGGCAGCAGGGGGAUGGCAGCACGGAGAGUGAUGGCAAAGACAGUUUGAGAGAGUCUGCUCAGAGAUGGCAGCCCCCGCCUGGUUCUAAGGCAGCCAUGUUGGUGAAGGUGAACAGCAUGAGCAGAGCCCCGUCAGCAGCCGCAGCGGCGGCAGCAUCAGCCAGCCAGCACCAGCACAGUGGACCCCACGGCAAGCUCAACGGCCACUCCGCCUGCACCCUCAACCCCUCAAGCAACGGCAAGUCCGGCGCCACCUACAUCUGCGCGGCGCAGGCCUACAAGACCACGCCGGCGGGCAGCAAGAUGGCGGCGGACGCGCGACAGGCCCACCACCUGCGCAAGGCUAGCAACGGCAGCUUCUGCCUGGUGCCGUCGUCGCCAGGCGAGCUGGCGUCCAGCCCCGGGUCACAACAGCGGCUGCCACCACAGCAGUGCAGCACGCCUCGUCCCGUCUCCCCGCAGUACGCCUCCACGGCGACAGCGUGUCUCUACGACGACCCUAACACCUCCGAGUGCCCCAUCUACGACGAGCCGCCCGAUAUGGCCAUGGAGGUGGAGGGAGCGCAGCUGAUGAACGGCACCGGUCCUCGGCAACAACACCACCACCACCACCACCACCAUCACCCCCACCACUCCCACGGCCACCAGCACCAGCACCCCCACUCUCAUAGCCUGCAGAAGCCCAAGCUCCUCCAGCCCCCGGCCCCAGGCCACACUGGCUCCCACCACAGGAGGAGCCCCUCGUCCUCAGACUACAGCCCCGCCGGCCUCGAGUGCAUCAAGCACAUGGUCAACGUGGACCCCAAGCAGCAGCAGGGCAGCCUACUGUCCUCCCCGUUGCCAGGGCCCUCGUCUCUCUCCCCAUCCCCGAUAUCCACGCCUGACGGCCUGCUCCCCCCCCACCACCACCUCCACCACCACGGGGGACCGCGGCCCCAGGCCAAGGACGGCGGCCCCGGCACCGGCGUUCUGAGCGUCAGCCUGGAGAAGAAGCAGCAGUCGUGGCGGGCCCUGGAGGCCAGCGUGCUGCGCGCCAUGGAGGCGCACCACAGCCGGCAGAGCAGCCAGGCCUCACAGGACUUCGGCAGCCCCCCGCCGCCGCCUCCUCCGCCCCCCGCGGGCCCCGGAGGCUACCAGGACUCGGGUUACUCCACGGGCCCGUCGCCCAGCCUGCGGAGGAAGAGCCGGCGGCGGGUCACGGGCGGUCCCGGUGGCGGGCGACCGGGCUCGAUUGGCAGCAGCGGUGAGCUGAACGCGCUCAACGAGCGGCUGAUGGCAGAGAUGCGUGAGGUGGUGGGCCGCUCCAACACCAUGAGGGAGACGCGGGCCAUGGCGGCCGCGGCGGCAGCAGGGCUGGACUCUGAGAUGGCUGAGGGAUGCCUGACCGGCCCCCCGCACUGCCAUUCGCCGCUCAGCUCUCCGCGCAGGUACGGGAGAGGGCCGCGCUGCUCGUCUCGCGAGGACCUCGCCUCCUCAUCCUCCGCCGCCACCAUUGCCAUCGGAGGGAGCCGUUCACUCGGCCGAGGAGGUCACCAUGGCAACCUGGGCAACCUGGCCAGCCUGGACUUCUCCGGGCGACAGAAGCGCACCUAUGAGAAAGUGGACACACUGGAGAAGAGCAUCAACAGCCAGAUGAGCCUGUCCUCACCUGAGACUGUCGGACCGCCUUCUCAGGCGGGGACUCUUGACUCGAAGGUCCAGCUUGAGAGCAGGAAGAAGGGGAUGGUGGAGGGGCGGACAGGCUCCCUGGGCCCCCACAGGCCUCUCCCCGGGGACGGCAGCUCUCGGUGCCCCCCUGGCGGAGGUGUCAGAGGAGGAGCAGGGGGCAUAUCCGGCGGCGCCGUGGGCUACCAGCUGGCCUACGCCACCCUGCGCCAGCCUCCACCGUCGGCCGAUGCCGACAUGGCCGACUGGGCGAGCAAGCACCUGAACCUGCACACGCAGGGUCUGUUCCGUCGGCGCGUCUCCAUCGCCAACAUGCUCUCGUGGAACCGCGGCUCCAUCAAGAAGCCCAUGCUGGUCACCAGCGACCGCGUGGUGCGCAAGGAGGCCUGCGAGAUGUUCAAGCUGGUCCAGGCCUACAUGGGUGACCGGCCCUCCCGCCUGGACCGCCGGCACGCCGCCCUGCUCGUGGUCACCAAGUGCUGGGCCAUGCAAGGGCUGCGCGACGAGCUUUACGUGCAGCUGGUGCGGCAGACCACCGGCAACCUGAGCCCGCGCAGCCUGGCCGCCGGCUGGGAGCUGAUGGCCGUCAGUUUGGCCUUCUUCGCGCCCUCGCCCAAGUUCUGCUGCUAUCUGGAGGGCUACAUCCAGCGACACAUGGAGCCGGCCAAUGAUAAGAAACGUGAGUUUCUCAUUGAACAACAGGUCACCCAGUUCAUCCUUGACCAGCAGGACGUCAAAAAGAAGAACUCAAAGUCCAGGAAGAAGAGAAAGCAGAACACUGAGGACGAUGAGCAAGAGGGCCUUCCCAUCAGCACUUAUGCCAAGUACUGCUACCGCAAGCUGCAGAAGGUGGCCGUCACCGGGGGCAAGAAGGGCCUGCGGAAGCCGACCCUUGAGGAGGUGGACCACAGCCGGCGGGCCAUCAUCACGCCCUCACUGUUCGGCAGCUCACUGGAGGAGGUCAUGGAGCGGCAGAGCGAGCUCUUCCCUGACCGCAAACUGCCCUGGGUGCAAGUGCAGCUCUCCCAGUACGUGCUGGCCCUCGGAGGGGCUCAGACCGAGGGCAUCUUCAGGGUGCCUGGGGACAUUGAUGAGGUCAACGCACUCAAGCUGCAGGUGGACCAGUGGAGAAUUCCAGAGAACCUCUCGGAUCCCAAUGUCCCUGCCUCUCUGAUGAAGCUGUGGUAUCGUGAGCUGGAGGAGCCCCUCAUCCCCAUGGACUUCUAUAAGCAGUGUGUGAGUCACUGUGACGACCCCGUAGCAGCCAUUGGUGUGGUGCACUCGCUGCCUGACCUCAACAGGCUCGUGCUUUGCUACUUCAUCCACUUCCUGCAGGUGUUCGCGCAGCCUUCUAAUGUGUCUGUGACAAAGAUGGACGUGAAUAACCUGGCCAUGGUCAUGGCACCUAACUGCCUGCGUUGCCAGUCCGACGACCCCCGCAUCAUCUUCGAGAACACGCGCAAGGAGAUGUCUUUCCUUCGCAUGCUCAUUGUUCACCUGGACACCACCUUCAUUGAGGGCAUCGUGUGAACGAUGCACAUGCUCUCAAACUGAUACACACACAGACACACACACACACUGAAGUUGAUGGACCAGUGUACAGAGAGCUUUUGGACAAACAUGAGUACUUUGUUAGCUCAUGCUCUCGUCUCUGAAAUAUAGUGCCAAGUCCUCACUGCUUUACGGUCACCAGAUCCCCAUACCAAAGAGUGGGACUUACUCUGUAAAUAUAUACAUAUAGAUAUAUAUAUAUAUAUUUGUGCAUGAAGAACACAGCAUCAACUCUCUUCACUGUUGAUUUAAUAAGUGUGUUUGGACAUCAAAGAAGAAACAUCAGAAUUGUAAAGAAAGAACAGUGAUACAGAAUAAUUUAUUUCAAAGAAUACAAGAUCAUCUUGAAAGGCCUAAAAAAGUCUGUCAUAAGGUCUGUCUGUCUGAGUUUAGAUGUGAUUUCAGGAGGAGGAGGGGGGGAGAGGUUUUUUAAUGUGCACUAGCAAUAGGAUUGUUAGUGUUAUUGUCAGCAAUUGAACGCUGCGUUUUUCCUACCGUUCAUACAUUUGUUGGUUGUCAUGUACUUAUCUUUUAAUGGUUAUUGUGUUCUGUUGUAUAGAGCAGAUUUUAAUGUUAGCAGAGCAACAGCUGCUUUUAUGAUGAAACAGGCCCUGGGCCCUAAUGACCAAGUCAAAUACUGAAAGCAAUACGACUUUGUAAUAAACUACUGCUUGGGAAAUCUGUAAAGAAGAAACUUGUGAGAUAUUUUACAGUCCUUGGUGGUUCUACUUAUUCAUUAAUCAUUGGGGUUGGCAAUGGUAAUUGUUUUAGCAGUCCUCCACAGAUUUCAGUCAAAUUUUUGAACAAACCAAACUGUAAUAUUUGAUUGCAUUUUUUUGUGUGGAUAUGAGUGAAACUGCGUGCAUAAAUGUUCACAGUAUUUCUUUGUGUUAGUGUUUUUCACAACAGUUAAGCUCAUUGCAAACUGUUCUGUAUUUCUGAAAGGUUGACUGAGUGCAUUGCUUUAGGGGGAAAAUAAUGUAGAGUAGGCCUACUGGAGUUGCUAUAGUACCUUUUGUAAAAUAAAAACAAUCCCUUGUAAAUAGUACACACUUUUGUUUUUAAUAACCCCAACAGGUGACUAUUCUUGUCUUUUGUGAAAGAAAAAAAUGAAACAUGACCAGUCUUUCUUUUUGUGAUGUAAAUGUUUCUUGAGAUAUCUUAUGAGACUGCUUGUUUGAAACCACAACUGAUCCACCUUGCCAAUGUGUGUGUUUGCAUUAUUUGUUGGAAUGGUUGUUCGAAAAUAAUAAAAUAACACAAACCUUA